AUGGGCGCGUGCACAUCAAGGCCAAACAGCAGACCCCGGUCUCACAAGUAUUCUCGCCGUUCGAGGAAACACCAUGGAAAGCCUGUAUGUCCGCUACCUGAAUUUUCCAUGAGCAAGUUUGUUCAGGUUGAAUCUGCUGGGAAAACAAGGCGAAAAACAGACAUUUCGAAUAUGAAAUUCCAUCUAACUCAGUUGCAGUGGCACCACACUCAAGUGGAUGUUCAUGGAAUAUGUCAAGACACAUGGUUUGAUUCUGUCAGCAUAGCUGAGUCUGAUACUGAUGAUGAUUUUAUCAGUGUAGAUGGAGAUAGUACGCCAUCGGAAAAAGAGGAGACUCAAAUGUUGGAUUAUGAAAAUGCUUCACGUGUUGUUGAUGCACUGUGUAAGUUGGAUGAUUGUGGUAGUACUCCAGUGGCAUUGGCUGUUGAACAAUAUCUGAAAAGAGAAGGUAAAUUGGAGAAGUUCUCCAGCAAGGAUGAAGAGGAAGAUGCAGAAUUUUAUGCUGGAAGGGCCAACAAGACCCAAGGCACAGAAAAAGUUUCUAGAAAGAAGAAACAACUUGAAAAAACAUAUGGUAGCUUUAAGGAUUUGAAAGAAAGACAUGAUACAGAAGAACAAUCCCUUGUGAACAAGAUGCAGUGUCGUUUAAGUAGAUUAGUUUCUUCUUUGAGUUUCAAUGAUAAGAUCUAUGGAAUGAGCACUCUUAGUCCAUCAGGUCAAAAGAAAAAGUCAGCUGUUGUCAGGCUUUCUUACAAAAGGCAGUCCUGUGAUGGUGAAGAAACUACUGAUUUUUGUGAAACAAAAAAAUUCUUACUUCGCCCAAAAGGAGGGUUAGUAAUCCCAAAAUCCCCAGGGGAAAAGCCAACUGCAGGAUGCUGGUCCUUUCUUGAUCCAUCAACUUUUGAACUUCGCGGAGAAAGCUAUUUCAAGGAUAAGAAGAAAUAUCCUGCUCCAAACUAUGCACCAUAUUACCCAAUUGGUGUGGACCUGUUCAUAUGCCCAUGCAAAGUAAAUCAUAUUGCUCAACACCUUGAACUUCCUCAAGUAAAGACAUAUGGGAAACUUCCUUCACUUCUUGUUGUUAAUAUCCAGAUGCCUACUUAUCCUGCCGCAAUGUUUCUUGGUGAUACUGAUGGGGAAGGAAUGAGCUUAGUCUUAUAUUUUAAAUUAUCUGAAUGUUAUGACAAAGAGGUUUCUGAUAAUUUCCAACACUUAAUAACGAAAUUUAUUGAUGAUGAAAUGGAAAGGAAUAAAGGAUUCGCAAUGGAAACGAUCACCCCCUUUAGAGAGAGGUUGAAAAUCCUUGGUGGGUUGGUUAACCCAGAGGAUCUUAAUUUGAGUUCUGCAGAAAGAAAGCUAAUACAAGGAUACAACUUUAAGCCUGUUCUUUCACGUCCUCAACACAGUUUUUAUGAGGGUGAAAAUUACUUUGAGAUUGAUCUUGAUAUACAUCGCUUCAGCUACAUAUCAAGAAAGGGUCUAGAAGCAUUUAGAGAACGUUUGAAAGAUGGGAUCCUUGAUUUGGGUUUAACAAUUCAGCCCCAGAAGGCAGAGGAACUCCCAGAGCAAGUCCUAUGCUGCGUGAGGCUGAAUAAGAUCGACUUUAUUAAUCGUGGGCAAAUUCCGAGCAUUGUGACGGCAUCCGAUUUUAUUCUAAUAAAUAAUAUUUAUAAUCCAAAUGGAUUAGCAUAG